AGAAAAAAGAAAAAAGACACACACAUAUACUACUGUGUGUGAGAGAAAGAGAAAAAGAUAAAGUUUUUCACACACAGAGAGACACAGAGGAAGGAGAGAAAAAAAAAUAAAAAAUCAAUUGAGGGUAAAUAAACAUUUCUGUAUCUAUUGUCUGUAUCUAUAUAGUUAUAAUAAUAAUAAAAAAAUAUUUAUAUGUGUUAAAGAGACAGUGACAGAGAGAGAUAGAGGAAAUGGUGUCUGACCAAGAAAUAGCAAAAGGAGUUGAAGAAAUCUUAACAAGUGAAACAAAACCAUCCUUACAAAACCUAAAUGAUAUGGUGGUUUUUUUAGGUCAUAAAUUAGGGUUUGAUUUAUCUCAUAAAUCCCUUUUCAUUCGUGAUCAAAUUAAUCUUUUUUAUCAUCACCAACAACAACAAUAUUACAACCAACACCACCCACAUUCUCACCCACCGCCGCCGCCACAACAACCACCACCACCACAACAACAACACCCUGUUUCUUUGCCGGGUAUUCGAAAAGACCAUUUUGCCCUUCAACACCAACAACACCCACAUGCUGUUGUUUCUCAGUUUCAGUUUAAUCAACAACAACAGCAGCAACAGCAGCAGGCAUUUCUGUCUCAGUUUCAGCAGCACCCAAGAUUCGCAAUGGGGCAGCAACAGGUGGUUAGGCAGAGGCACCCGGUUGAGCUUAAUUUCGGAACCGCGGUUCAGGGGGUCGUGAGUUCGGGUCCUUUGACGGUGCAGGCGGAAAUGAAAGGGGAAAUGGGUGCAGUGCAGAAUGUCGGAAAAUCGACCGAAAGGCCGAAAAAAGGGGGUUCAGCGGGUACCAAAAGAAGAGGUGGUCCAGGGGGCCUAAAUAAACUCUGUGGUAUUACGCCCGAGCUUCAAGUUAUUGUCGGCGAGUCAGCAUUAUCAAGAACGGAUAUCGUGAAGCAGCUAUGGGCCUACAUCAAGAAAAACAAUCUCCAGGAUCCAGGGAACAAGAGAAAGAUAAUUUGUGAUGAUGCUUUGCGUGUUGUAUUUGAAACGGACUGCACUGAUAUGUUUAAAAUGAAUAAGUUGCUUGCCAAGCAUAUCAUCCGACUCGAGCCUACAAAAGAAUCAUCUCGGAAAAAAUCUAAAGUCAAUACUGAAGCUGCAGCUGAAAGUACAGACAAAGUUCCUGGCCAAGUAACCCAGGUUAUAAUUUCUGAAGCGCUUGCUAAAUGUUUGGGUACUGAAGAAAGAGAUAUGUCUCAAUCAGAGGCUUUGAGACUUGUUUGGGAGUACAUAAAGGUCAAUAAUCUUGAGGAUCCUCAAAACCCAGUAAUGAUUCUAUGUGAUGAAAAGCUUAAGGAGCUCUUUGGAUGUGAAACCAUUUCUGCAAUGGGAAUACCCGAGUUGUUGGUCAGACACCAUUUAUUCAAGCAAUAGUGUUAUCAACUUACAUGGACUGAUAUGCAUAGGAAUUCACCGUCUAAUAGUUUAUGGUUCGCCUGACAUAUUCUCUGAAGAAAAUCGUAGUUUAUUACUAAAGUUUCAGUGUUUUAUGGUUCUGCUGACAUGGUUAGAUGUAACAAGUUGUUUUAAUGUAGAACUCGAAUGAAAUAUGUCCCUGAUUUCGCUUUUCUUGAUUUUAUGUUUAGUUGUUUUCAGUUUGUAAAUGCCUAACCUUGGACAGAAUGUAGUUUGGCUAGUGUUUAGUGGAAUCCUUUUAGAUUCUCUUUGUAAUA